CCCAAAGUUGCCUUUCCUUCUCCAAUUGGCAUUCUCUCAUCCCUCCCUCUCUCUCUCUCUCUCUCUCUCUCUCUGACCCCGAGAGGAAAACACGUAGAGGAAUCUGGUCCGUGUGUGGAACGAAGGAUACACAGAGAAACACCGAUGCCCUGGUCGCUCUCCUUCUUCUCCUCGUUAUUACUUCUUCCCUUAUACUCCUGCUGCUCCCACUCUGUUCUCUCUCUCUCUUAGCUCUUUGGAAUUUCAACUCUCCGCUCUAAUUUGCCUUCGGAACUAAAUUGCUCUCCCAGUAAUCGGCACUCCCUUACGCUUCCUAGCUUGCCUCCGUAAGAUCCUCCGUCUGAUUGAGUGCUAUGACUGGAGAAUUGCAGACAGCUUCGUUGGUCUCUGGUGUCCCUUUGGAAGGUCUCGACGACGUGCAGGACUACAUUUGCGCACCUGAAGGUGAUGGGUCACUUACUGGGGAUAGAUUUAAUCAUGUGCUUGAUCUGGUGAACAAUGGCAAUCAGGCUUUUCGAGAUAACCAUUUUGAGGAGUCAAUCAACUGCUACUCAAGAGCCAACAAUAUAAAACCCAAUGAUCCUGUCAUUCUUGGUAACCGAAGUGCUGCUUAUUGCAGGAUUAGUGAGUACCUCAAACAGAGACCAGCAUCUGCCUCAGAGUACAGACCAUUGAAUGGGUUGGAUCCUACUAUACAUGCUGAACUUGCUCUUAAGGAUGCUGAAAAGGUGUCCAACAUUUGGAAGAACUCAGUGAAGGCGUUCGUCUUAAAAGCCAGUGCUCUUAUAUUGUUGGAAAAGUAUGAGUUGGCCCAGGAAGUUGUUUGUUCUGGUCUUGAGGUUGAUUCCUCGAGCAACCCCCUUCAAGCUUAUCGUCAGAAGUUGGAGAUAAUGGUUGCCACUAUAACAAGGAGAAACUCUGCAAAACUUGAACGUAGUGAUGAUUUUGAUUGCACUCUCUGCUUGAAGUUACUAUAUGAACCUGUAACAACUCCUUGUGGUCAUUCUUUUUGCCGCUCUUGUCUUUUCCAAUCCAUGGAUCGUGGUAACAAAUGUCCAUUAUGCCGAACAGUUCUGUUCAUCAGUCCUCGAACAUGUGCAAUCAGUGUGACAUUGAAUAACAUUAUACAGAAGACCUUCCCUGUGGAAUAUGCUGAAAGAAAGUCCGAGCAUGAGAGUUUGACAAGCCCUGGUGUUGAUUUAGUUCCUCUUUUUGUGAUGGACGUUGUCAUACCAUGCCAAAAGUUCCCUCUUCAUAUAUUUGAGCCUCGAUACAGGUUAAUGGUGAGUGAGAAGGAUCAUGGAAGGAAAUCGUCGGAUGGGAAUGGUAGGUCAUUGUUGAUCCUAAUACAGGUGCAUUGGCUGAUUAUGCUUGUGAAGUGGAGAUUACUGAGUAGGUGUGAGCCACUUCCAGACGGGCGAUUCUAUUUAGAGAUUGAAAGUCGCCGCAGAUUUUGCAUACUUGAGUCUUGGGAUCAAGAUGGAUACCGCGUAGCAGAGGUUGAGUGGGUGCAAGAUCAUCAACCAGCACGAUCAGAGGAGAAAGUACAAUUGCAGGAAUUGACAAAUAGCGCGGCAGAAUACACAAGAUCAUGGUUGCAGAAAGCCAGAGAAGCUGCAAGACAAGAUCGAAGGAGACUUGAGAAACUUCUGAACGUUGAAGCAAUGAUGCCUGUGCCAUUGGAUCCUGAGCGGUUCAGCUUUUGGCUUGCUACACUUUCAGACAGAAGACCUCAUGAAAGGCUGGAGCUUCUUCGCUUGAGGGAUACAGCAGAGAGGAUAAGCAGGGGACUCGUGUUUCUGAAAGCUGCAGAACAAGGUUGCAGGAUGCAGUGAUUGUGUAUAAUUUGUUUACUGAAACAUGUAUAUCGGAAAUGGCUAUACACACAGAAAGAGGAGAAAAGGAAAAGAAGAUGGAAAAUGAAAGCCAUUUCUAACACCAGCUAUUCUAUUCUUUAGAUCCGUACAUGACGUUGGAUCCCGUGUAUUCUUCAUUGUAACAAUCAGUCUGCUAUAAAACAACCUGGCUAAAUGGUAGGUUUGGUCACUAGAAUUACUAUAUACUAUAAAAUAUUAUAUUUGUCAUUAAAAUUAAUUUAUUCAAGUCAUUAAACAAAUU